AUGCCUUCACACGCUACGGUAAUCGUCGUUAUAGCUACAAAAGAGAAUUUUAAUUCUUUGACCCAGAGGUUCGCUAAAUAUCAAAUGGCAGAAAAUGAUUUUAAAAUCGUUCACUGGAAGUACUUUUAUCCUUUCAAUCAACCUUACACCGAAUUUUCGGUUGGUAACAUUGUGAUGUUCGCUGGCAAAUUUAUAGUCGAAAAUCUUGAACAAUAUGUUACUGUUUCUUAUCUAUGUGUCAUUGUGCCUGCCGACCCUGAUCGUGAAUUUCAGGCCGAAGAAAUUCCGCUCGGUGUUCCUUACUGUAUGUUCUCUGUACUAAUCACCCGUGAACCAAAGCAAUGUAGUGAUUCUAUUGUUAAAACAGGCAGAACGUUUAUUGUUUCUGGUUUUAUUAGGCAUAUCACUUCUGAUUUUACUAUAGUCAAACUUACAGACUUUGACUUUAUAUCCGCGAAUGUCAAUACAGUUCAAAAUGUGCAAGUAAGCACUUCCUCUGUUACUUCGAGUUAUCACUCGGAUAUUGACUUAAUCACGAAAGAUGUUGAAUCUACUACCUUUGAAUCUAUUGCUCCAUUCUCGACUUCUUUAAUUCCUAGUGAUCCAAACCCUAAAAUGAGCCAAAUCCAAAAAGGAAAAAAUAAAUUGUCUGAUUUGGCUUUAAGUGGUCUUGAACUGACCAUUGCCAAUGACCUUCAGGAUGAAUACAUUGUUGAUGAGGAUGCGUCUGAUAAUUUGGACCAAUUAGCUUUCCCACAUUUGUCGAUUAUUGAACAUCCUAAUAAAGAAGGUUAUGUUGCUGUGUGUGCUUCUUGUAUAUCUGUCGCUAAACGUCGCAAUGCUUCAACACUUGCUCCUAUUCCGGAUGCCCUAUCAAAUGUUUCUAUGUUUCAUCACCAUUGGCUUUCACCUAUUCACCUAAGUUGCUCUCUUGGACGCGCAGAAAAUGCAAAUCAUUUUACUCAUUAUCGGCAUCUUAGUAGUGCAUUUGGUCUCUUGAAAAAUCUUCAUGCCUUACAAAUCUAUGCUAGAACAUUAGGCGCUAUCUUAGAUUCUACUCCUAACAAUAACUGGUUUCAUCCAUCUUUGCUACAUGCUGCUGCCUGGUUGAAAAUAAAUAAUCAAUUCUUUAAACAAUUUGAUCAAAUGUUUUCAUCAAUUACUUUUAUGCAUCCUCCAAACGUUUUUCCUACAGUGCAAUUAAUUAAUGAUGAAAAUGCAUUAUCUAGUAACACACAACUGCCAUGUCAUCCUGAUAUAGUUGUACCACCAUAUGAUUUUGACCCUGAAAUUCAUGAUGAGGACUUUUAUUACAGUAGACAAUUAGCGGGCUUUAUGAGGGAUUCCAACAACGAUAUGAUGUUUUACAGGGUAUUAAAUGAAAUACGAAAUGGAAUUGUGUCACCCAAUACCUUACAAACAGUUAAUAAUAAAAUAAGAUUACCAUCUUUGUGUUCCCCUAUCGAUACCACUCAUUUAGUUGGUUUCCAUUCCAUCGCUGAUAAUAUAAAUAAGUUGGCCUGUCUAACGUUACCUCGGGAAUCAGUUGAUUCUGAACCAGUUUUCUUAGUUGCUGUUGACUACAUUAAUCACCAAGAAUGGAAUGUGUUUGAUAAUGAUUGUAUGCUGAACAAUAGAGAUAUAAUAAAUGGUCAAGAAUGUGCAACAUGUCCUACAACCAAACUGUUAAAAUCGUGUUUACUAUUGAAAAAUCAAAAUGAAGAUAAAGCCGCCACCAAUUUUAAAUAG